ACAGGCUGGGGGGAGGUUGGUCCUGGGUUGUAGACAGAGGCGCAGGCCGUAGGGGUGUCUUGGGGAUCUGGGACAGAUGCUUUGUGGAGGCUUCCUGGGUCUAUCAGGUGACAAGUUAGGAGGUGUCCUGGAGCAGUGGGGAAGGGACAGGUUGCAGAGAGAGGGGCGUCCCAGGAAUGUGUAUAGGGGAACAGUGGGGUGGGUGUCACUGGACUCUGUGUACGUGUGUGUGUGUGUGUGUGUGUGUGUGUGUGUCAGUCACUCGAGGUAUCCUGCAACGGGGGGCCGGGGUGGGGUGGGGGGGCAGUCACCUAGUGUUUCCCUAGUGCAGCCCUGAGUCCUAGGCCUUUGGCUUCUGGGGAAAGUGUCGGCCACAUAGAACUCGCGGGGCCCCGGCCCCAGCUCUGCGGGCUCCUCCGUUCUGCGGCGGCUGCCCUGGACUGUAGUGACCGUGGUGACAAAAGCCAGCGGGACUGCCUCGCCCCCGUGCCCUCCCGUCUUCGUUGUCGCUCUCGUCUCUGCAGCUGUGGGAACAGGGAAUCUUGAACAGCUGCCCUUCUGUUCCUACACGUGUAUCUGUCUUGAAGCAAAUCCAGUCUACAGACCUUGGGUUUACUCAAAAGCUUAAAUUAGGGAUUUUUUUUUUUUAAACCUGGAUUUCCCAAUUGAUUUGCUGUAGGAUUCUUUGAGAGCACAAACACACCAGUACGUCUAAAAUGAAUCGGUUUGUGGAAAAUCAGCUUAAUUCAACAGACGUUGAGUUCAAUUAUCUGUUCUGCUCAAAACCCUGUAUUGUGGGGAAUCUCAGAGCAGCAGGACUGGGCCCGGCCCCCCGGGAAGCUGGCAUAGCUGGAAGGCUGGGGCCUGGCCGUGAAGUAGGUCAAUAACAGAGACCGGUGUGUGGUCGGCACGCCACGAGGCAGGCGUGAUCGGCGUCUGAGGAGGCGGUCCGAGACAGCGGGGCGACGACCGAUGACCGAUGACUGUAGGUGGGCUCUCGCCAGCGCUCUGCCCUCUGACGGAACGGGCCGGGGCAGGCCGGCUCCCCGCCGUGCUCAUCUAGCCUGGCGUCCCACUGGACGGGAGGAGUGACCAGCCAGCGCCAGACCCAGAGCAGAUUCACCGAGCCUGGCCGUGUCCGGGAGGGUACUGAGAAGGGCCCUGACCCGGCCAAGUGGGAGCCCCCCCAGGCUGACUCCGCUGCCCCUUCACACGUCUCUGUCGAUCUGUGGCCACAUUUGGUAUGAAAAAAGGUUUCUCGGCACAAGUGAUCAGACGCACGUGUAUCUUGUCAUGAGAGAUCCGUUCCCCGCUCGAAGGGUAGCAGUCACGGACCGUCUUUGUGCACCGGCCCUUUGCACGGAGCAGGGUGUCUCAGCACCGCCUGCUGGGGUUUAGAGAGGGGUGCACACGGAGGCUCACUCUUUCUUCCUUCUUCCAAGUGCUCCCAGCUGACUCGGCCGCUCUCCUACAUGGACCUUCAGAACCAGCUGCAAUUUAACAGGAGUGUUCCUGCACAUUCCAGCAACUUGGCCGCGCGCUAUUCCUGCCCCGACGCGAUCAGAAUCGAGAAACUGACGCACUCGUCCGGCGAGUCCUACCGUGGCGGGGAUCCGGGCUUCAGAGCCGGGCCCGACGUGAGCGGCUCGGCCUCCUUCUCCGUCAUCUCCGAGGAGAGGCUCAGCUAUGCCGUCCACCUGGCCAAGAGGGACGUGAGGCGCAGGCAGUUCGAACAGCACGUGAGACAGCAGCGUCUCAGAAGUGAGCCCCAAACCUCUCAGAGGUGGGGACACCCCGAGCACAAGGUGCCUGAGCACAGGGAGCAGAGGAAGGAGGCAAGGAGCCGGGAAAUGUGUCCCUGCAGCCACGAGACGUGCGGGCGGGGAGCUUCCUGCUCGGGUGCGAAGGUUCACCUGUGUACCCCUCAGCCGGGGCAGCCCCCCGCCCUGGAGCCGGGGCCCCAGCCGCACGCCAGGACGGGUGGCCCGCAGGGCCUGCUGGGGGUGCAGAGACUCCAGGAGGAGCUGACCACUUGCGUCCGUAGGAUGGAAGAAGUAAUUAAAAGAGAUAGAACGGAAGAAGCUUUGGAACCGGAUGAGGAGCAGCGAGCCCGCGUCAGGAGGCAGGAACAGGCCGUGCGCUGUGCCCGGAUGCUGUAUUCCCUGCAGCAGCAGGUGAAAGAAAUCCAGGAAGAAUUGGAUAAAUUGAGUCCACAUAAGAUUAAACAUACUGAGAAGUCGUGGGCGAUGUCCCGGCUGGCGGCUGCCCACCGAAGCGCCAUCCGGGCCCUGCAGGUGUUUGUGACCCAGUUCGCCGACCGCGGGGAGCGGCCCCUCCCUGCCCGGUGCAGGGAGCUGGGCGGCCUCAUUCGCCAGCUCUCCCUCUGCUCCGCCAAGCUGGACGCCGACUCCUCUGUGUCUGAGGUGGUCAUAGACAUCCUGCGGCAAAUCGAGGCUUUGGAGUCCCUCCUGGAAAAGAAACUGUCACCAAAAAAGGUGAAGAAAUGUUUCCCAGAAGUUCAGACCAGGUUUCCCGUUGGUGGCCACAGGGCCUUGGAGAGAUGGCGGAGUUCUUCGCCAAAAGGCGAGAGGAGACCCCUCCUAGCAAAGGAGAUGCUUCUGCAGGAAGCGCGACAACCUUCCAGGGCAAACAGGCUUCUUGCUGAUAAGUGUCAGCCUGGGGCAGCACCUGCAGCGACCCAGCGGUCCGCGAACGGGAACGGGCUUGGUGUGAGGGGCGCGGACAUCCGUCCGGAAGGAGCCCCUCCUGCUCCGGACCACAGCGCGAGCCUCACGGCAGAGCCCGUGGCCGUGGCGAGAGCGGGAGCAGCGGCCUGGAGGCCCGGGGCGGGGAGCAUACCGCCCAGGAAGGAGGAGGCACCGGUGGGGCCGCCGCAGGGACCCCUCAGAGCUGAGGACCGUCAGCCGCCCCAAGGCCGCAGCAAAAGCAGACUGCAGCGCACGACCGUGUCAUCCAGGCUGAAAAGGAGCCAGCAGCCAGUGAGGGACCUCAGGGCCCCCUGGGUGCCUCCAAACCCCACGUCCCCGCCAGCGUCCCCCAAAUGUGCCGCCUGGCUGAAGGUGAGGCCCGGCCCCAGAGAUGCCGCCAGAGAGCGGUCUGUCCAGCAGGAAGAGGCUCAGGAGGCCAGCGCGUUGACAGGUGCUGUUGCGCACGAAGCCAUGAGACUCGCCUGGCUCGACGCUGAAGCUCACAAAACACUGAAGGAGCUGGAGAAGGUGAAAGCCGCGGGCGCGGACGGCGCGCACAGGCAGAGUGACUCUGCUGCCCAGUUAGCAGACAAGGUAGAGAAGGCGGUUCUGGAGCGUCUGAAGCCUCUCCUGGUCAAGGCCCAGAGAGUCAACUCUUCACUGGAAGCAGAGGUGCCGAAGGACCGGCCGCCGGCGGACACGGCGACAGCCCGGCCUACGGACGAGGCUGUGGCCGCGGACGGGGGGCCCGGCAGCCUCCGCCAGCAGGGCGACUGUCUGGAAGGCACCGCGCUCCGCUGUGACGUCUUGGCGUCGCAAGCCCGGGCCCCCGGGGCAGGCGGCAGGGACAGCCCAUUUCUGGACACUAUGAUGCUGCGCAUGGAGGAGAUGGAGAAAUACCAGGAGAUGGUUCGCCGAAGAUACAAUGAAAUUGUAUAUGCUGAUCCCCGUCUGUGGAUGCAGGAAGGGAAGAGUGAGCAGACGCUCCCGGCAGUAGGUGAAAGGCCUCUCUCUCCUCAUCCAGUCGGGACCACAAAGAGCCCUGCGCGCAAAGACCCAGGCGCGAGCAUCGUGUUGGAAAGACCUCGCAAUGGCAACUCCCUGGAUGCAAGUGUGGACGCUGGCGAGGAGUCUGAGAAGAGGGAGGCUCCCCUUCCGCCCCUUCUGGAAGAGUCUCUGCGGCAGGAAGGCCGCACCGCCCUCCUGGUGCCCCCGGGCAUGCGACGCAGCAUCCGCGACUCCUGCAGCCGCUUCGAGCAGUAUCUCCGCAUGACCGCGCACGAGGCCGUGGGCGCCUUCAACCCCUGGCUGAUGGCCGAGAGCUUCUCGGACGAGCUGGUGGACGAGGCUCUGGGCGCCGUGGCCGCGGAGCUGGAGGACACGUGUGAGGACUACGCGGAAGCCGUGUUUACGUCGGAGUUCUUGGAGGCCGCCGCUUGAAGCCCGUCUCUGUGGCGGGCCUCCUCCCCGGGGCCCACGGGUGGCCUUGGCCUCAGCUGUCCCUCUGGGCGGGGCCGCUGCCCUCGGAGAGGAAGGACGUGCGUCUCCGCGUCGUCGUGGCGGUGGAGCCGGUGGUUGAUGACGGUGGGUGUUCAUUGCCCAGGAACCGCGAAUCGCCUGACGAGACGGUGUUUUCCGAACUGUGGUUUUUCUGUUGACAUAUCGGUGACGCGAGCGUCCUGGCAGGUGGUGGAAGACGGGUUUCACUCCCGGGGUCGAGAUGCUCCCGUCACCCCCCCGUCACCCCCCGUCAGCCCCCGUCACCCGGCCGUGAGCCUGCCAGUCCCCGUGUGCGGCACCUCCUCCGGCUCUCAGCCCCUCGUGGUACCCGGUCUCGCCCUGGGGGGCGUAUGGACGCAGACCUUGAAUUGAGGGGCCGGGAGGGCACCCAGCUCAUGUCCCCUCUGCGGGCUCGCACCUCCCCCGCCUCCAGACCCACCGAGCAGCCUGGGUGGGAGGACGGAUGGGCCUGGAUGUGCUGCCCGCCUCCCCCUCCCCCCCCCCCCCGCCAAGAAAGGAAGACACCUGAGAGCCGGGGGCGCUCGGUGCCCUCGUCCCUCCUCUCCUCUCCCCUCCCCUCUCCGUCAGGAUUCACCAAGAGGAAAGCCUCUGAUUUUUCAGAAACGGAAAAGGCACGUGCGUGAGUUUUCCUCGACCGGAGCCCUGCUGAGGACCCACCCGAGGGGAGGAUUCGCGCCCAGGAUAACGUGCGUCUUCAUGACACGCAUGGCGUCACGUCUGGGACUUUUCCCCCAAGUACACGUGUUUCGGGGAGCGGUGCACCUGCCCCGUCACGCGACCUGUGCAAAAUUGGGCUUUGUUUCGUGUGCGCACGCUCCUAAAUGUGACACAGCCUCCGAAGGGAAAGUGCUCCCAGGUUACUGGAAGGUCUUCGAGGCGAGGGGCGCAUGUGCACUUGGCGGGGCGUCUGCCAUCUGAGGCUGGAGUCAUUUGUGUGCUAGCGUUUGCUGUGAUUUGUAAAAUAAACUCAGGAUCUUAAAGGA